GUUUUAAUCUUAAAUAGAUAUCGCAUGUAAUUUCAACACUUCCAGGAAUCCGAAGCAUCGCUAUUUAAAAGGGAUAGGCAUGGAGGGAUGUAGUGGCACAUUGGAUGUAGGAAAAGCGGGCGUAUCUUUUCCCGGCUGCAGAAGGUAGAGGUUAAAAAGCUGUGGGAACGGGUCAGAGGAAAGAGAGGGGCGGGAGGAAUGGGAAAGGGUACAGUAGAAAGGCAGGCAGGGUCUUUUCUUAACUUAAAGGAAGAGUUAAAUCAGAAGUUAAUAGCUUAUUGUGAGUUAUUAAAACGAUAGCCUACACCGCGGAGAACUGGGAAACCGAAAGUUAUCUAAUUAUAUAAGAUAUUAACAAGAGAAAGAGACCUCGAUGUCGGGAAUAGGACACGGUCUGGAAUAGGGUGAAGGAUGGAGGGAGAUACAGAGAAAGAGACAGCAGAGGAGAAGGAGGGUGAUGACACAGAGCUGUCUGGUGAGGAAGGGGUGGGGCGACUUCAUCAGAGCGGAGGGUCCUCGGAUGAAGAUCAGGACCUACCCAUCAUGCAGUGGGAGGACCUGAGCCUGCGUAUCGCCGAGCUAGAGAAACAGGAGGAGGAGAGGAGGGAGAGGGCAAAGAGUACGUGUGGGUCGGAACAGGGGAGUGUGUCAGAGAGCUGGGCGGAGGAGAGGCAGGGUGGGCUUCGGAGGAGAGAGGAAUGGGAGGAGGAGGACUAUGGAAGGMGUCGAGUUACUGUUUUCUCAUCUAGAUUCCACAACCACAGAAAUCUACAGUUAUGCUACACCAACAACAGUGAGAGCGAGGAUGAUGAUAAGGAGGAGGGGGCUGGCAAAGAGGGUUCUAAAGAGGCAGGUAGCCAUGGUUACCAUCCCUCUGGCCUGAAGCUGGAGGUGAGGGCCGCACUGAGUGCGCUUAAAAACAAGCUGCUCGCUGAACAGAAAGAGAAGGAGCACCUCGCCUGUGUGAUCACUAAGAGGAAGCAUCUGGAAUGCUGUGACCUGCAGAUCUGCUCAAUACAACAGCUCAGCUCCCUCAGGACCUCACUCAACCACGACAUACACGACCUGAGCUCUGAGUUGGUGGGUCACCUGUUGAUAAGGGACCAGCUGAGGACCAAACAGGAUGCCAUGCUCCUGGAUGUACAGGAUCUGACAUAAUGUUGACCCACAGGUGCACCGGAUGUGACAUCCCCACUGCCAUGGACAGGGUACCAGGACAUGAAGUCAUUGUGACCAAUAGUGGAUAAAGUGAUUUUGGCCCAGAUAUGCCACUAUGAGACCAUCAGAAGUAUUGCCAUAGUAGCCUACUCAAUAUGAUUUUUCGUAAAGGAGAAAUGUUAUGAGCAACUGAUGAGCAACAUCUUGGACUAGUGUCAUAAUACAAUCCAUAUUUCUCAGAUGGAUGGAUAACUUUCUCUUCAUCAUCCCCACCUGAUCUUGACCAGCAUAAUCUUCAUCAUCAUUAGUGGAGAACGUACUGUAUUAGGACCUGUUUUGACUUACGCAUGCACUUAACCAAAAAUAUUUAAUAUCAGAAAGAGGGUUUUAAGCCAUUUGUGAUGUUGUUUGAAACAUCUCUAGUAAUAUCUGACUCAUAGUCUUUUGCCUGUGGUAAGAACGUCCUAUUUAUCUUGGGGGUGUCAGAUGGAGACCCUUCACAGCCAUAGUGUAACCCAACAUUCAAUGAGUUAUAUCAUUUACAUAUAUGAGGGAUACAGCUUUACAUAAGUUUUAUUGUGUAAACAUUGCAAUAUCCUUGACUUACUACUUUAAGGGAAUUGUCCACUUAUAGCUUGUCUAAAACAAGCUAAGCAGUUACAUAUUCAGGCUAAAGGGAACUGUCCUGUAACAAUUUGGUAGAGAAGUUUCUUUGUUGCUAAUUAUCCUCUAUUAUGUAUAAUAUAAGCCUCAUGUAGUUGUUGAUGUAAGGGAAUUGUCUGCAUAGUGCCAAUAAGCCUGUGGGUAUUGCCAUUAUGUAUUUUAUGAUAUACCUGGUUUGCAGCCAUAACUAUAACUACCACCAGCAUAGGAAACUACAAAGCUGCAAUUGGUCAAUUGACUCCAUGCCAGCAUAACCUGAAAAUAUUUUGUGUUUCUCAGAUUGUUCUGGCAAUUCUCACAUAGAAACUUCAUUGGGAUGAAGGAUGUUUGAUGUGCUUUUUACAUUUGUAACACAAAUCAGAUCUUUUUUUAUCAUGAUGGAAGGGGCAAUUUUAGGCCCUUUUUAAUCCUAUGUAUAACAACACCUUGGUGUCGUUAUACCCCUAAUAGCUCUAAAAUAUGGACUAUCAUUACAUUCUGAAAUACAAUUUUACACAUUAAUUUAUUCAAUAUUAAAACUAUUAAUAUUAUCUCAAAAGUACCCUUUUUGAUUUUGUUCAGUUUUAGACAUAUUGUUUUAAACAAUCUAUUUUACUAGUACAUCACAUUUCCAGAGUGGGCUCUCUGUUACUUUUAAAGUUAUGUUUCAAAGGGAACUCCUUCUGCUGGUGAUUUGCUGAAUGUGCAAUCCUGCAAUAGGGCUGUGAUUGGUUAAUUACCUAUAAUGUAAAUUUCUUUGUAUAGUGAACAAUAAUAUAAACUCAACAUGUAAAGGUUUGGUCCCAUGUUUCAUGAGCUGAAAUAAAAGA